GCGCAUGCGCAGUGUUCCAGCGGCGGCGCGUUCGGUGUGGUGGGUCUCUAGGCCGGGUCGCUUGUUUCCCCGAGGCGGCGGCAAGGCCGGCCCCGCGCGCAGGGCGCCGAGAGGAGCCGAGGAAGCGGCGGCUGGGGGGAGGAGCCGCCCCCUCUCGUCUCCCCAGCAUGGGGCGCUGCUGGUGCCGCCCCGCUCGCCGGGCUCGCAGCGCCCCCGGCCUCUGCCUGCAGCGGCCUCUGCGGGGCCUGUAGGGGCGGCCGGGCCGGAUCGGGGCAGGGGCAGGGGCGGGGGGCGGCAUGAGGAGCCGCUGCGGCCGCCCCCAGUGAAUGGGCCUCGCGGCGGAGCGGGAGCAGCCGGAGCCGCCGCGAUGGCUCAAGAGAAAAUGGAGCUGGACCUGGAGCUGCCGGCGGGGAGCGCGCCGGCCCCGAGCGACGGGGGGAGCCUGAGGAGAUCGAACAGCGCCCCCCUGAUCCACGGGCUGAGUGAUAAUUCACAGGUUUUUCAGCCUUAUGUGUUGCGAACCCGCAGGAACAGUACAACGGUUAUGAACCGUCACAGUAUGUUGCUGUCAUCAUCUCCAAUUCGAAUCCCUAGCAGCAGACUUCAUCAAAUCAGAAGGGAGGAAGGAGUGGAUUUAAUGAACAGAGAAACAGCACAUGAAAGGGAAGUGCAAACAGCAAUGCAGAUAAGCCAGUCAUGGGAGGAAAGCUUGAGUCUGAGUGACAAUGACUUGGACAAGUCCGAGAAAUCUUCCUCUCCAAAGAGAAUAGACUUCAUCCCAGUUUCCCCAGCACCUUCACCCACCCGAGGAAUAGGGAAGCAAUGUUUUUCACCAUCCUUACAAAUGUUUGUGAGUAGUAAUGGAUUACCUCCAAGUCCUAUUCCUAGUCCGACAAGGCGAUUCUCAAACAGGAGGAGUCAGAGUCCAAUCAAUUGUAUCAGGCCCAGUGUUCUUGGUCCCAUUAAAAGGAAAGGUGAAAUGGAAACUGAAAGUCAGCCAAAGAGACUUUUCCAAGGAACUACCAACAUGCUUUCUCCUGAUGUUACACAUCUGACAGAUUUCAGUUCAUGUUUGUCUUCAGAUAUUCUCGAUAGGAGUAGUAGCAGUAUUGGUUCUUCCUCUGAUUCACUGGCUAAAGGCAGCAUUACCACAGAAUCUCCAGUAACAUGCUCAAACUCAUGCUCUUCAUUCAUUUUGAUGGAUGAUCUCUCACCUAAGUGAAUUAAUCUGUUCUGACUCAGUGUUUGGCUGUGCUGUUUCCUUGCUGUACAUUUCUACAGAGAAAUGAAUUCCGAUCCUUGAGAAUCUUUCACAUGAGGAUUAAAAUACUAAUGGAAAUUAAUGUAAUCUUAUUUCUUGACAACUCUUCCCAAUGGUUUUGAUUUAGCCUUAAUGGACACUUUAGACCAUAUUAAUGUCUGGUUUUGAUUAUUUUACAAACAAGAUGUCUGUUCAGUUUAUACUAACUUUGUUUUAAAGAAAAAACCUUUUGAUUCCUGAAUAGGCAUCUUUUUACAAUGAGUGUUGUUAUUUUUAGGAAAAUACUGUGUACUGUUACUGUCAUGGUCACUUUGUCUGGAGAAACACGUGGUGGUUGCAGAGAUGUCUGGAAAUACUCAUUUAUUCUUUGACAGAUUCUUUUUAGUAGUAAAUUAGAUUUCAUAAACAAUUUCUGGUUGGGGUAAAUAUCUAAUUUCUCCCACUAACUCAAAGUAAAAUUAUUUCCCCCACUCUGUAGUUGCAGCUGUCCCCAGCCAUUUCUCCCACAGAAGGGGAAGAAAUGCUUGGCUGUCUCUAGUGCUACUGGUAAUUGCGUCAUUGCAGUUGAACACUAUGGUUCUGGAAGUUGUUGUGUUUAAAACAAAACACAGACACUUCUAGGGUGACUAGCAUAUUUAUCAAUAGGGGAAAUACAAAUACCCUGUGUGAAACAUGGUUAACAUCACUGCAUAGUUCUCUCCCCACACCCUUCAUCCAGGAGAUUCUAUGGAAUAUGGUAAAUAUUCAUAAAUAUUUGGCCAAGGAGAAAUAAUCCCUGCCUUGAUUUAAAAUGCAUGGUGCAAGUAACUAAGUUACUUAAACUACUGAGGAAAGAAGAAUGUGCAUGGCGCCAUCAAUGUCUCCUGUGGCAUUGAGGCCAUAGGUAUUUUCGUGCCUUAGGGGACAUUGUUAAAAUUAAAGAAUGUAAAACUGGUGGGUGGGCAAAGGACUUUGCUUGUAGAGUGCUUACCAGAUGCUGUCUUCAGUGCUGCUUUCUCUUAGUGCUUGCUCUUUUUCAAGGUGUUUCUUCCAUUGGGAGGUGCUAUGGAGAGUUCCAAGUAUUCUGUAAGAUAGCAGUGUAUGUGUUCCCGUCACAGCUGCUGUAUAGCUUUAUGCCUUUGUCUGCCUUACAGAGGGCAGGCCACUAAAUUAACUUUAAUUUCUAGGGAAAGGCUUUAAGGUUGGAUUGGAUACUAGCUCUGCAUACCAUUUAAGGAGUUACAUUUGAGUAGUAGUCUUGAUACAGUACCUUGGUCAGUCUGAGGUAAUAUAAUAGUAUACUUUUUAAGAAGACCUAACUAGGCUAAAAUAAAUCCAUUUGUAAUCUACUGUUAUUUAUUAUUUAUAAACUAUGUAAAAAAGUCUGUGGUGAUGAAUUAUAGUAUUUUUUUAUGAUUGAAUAAGGUUUUUUAUGUUCAGUAAUAAUUGCUGGUUGGUUUCUAUUUAAUAUGCAACAUUGUCUGCCAGAAUCAUAAGCUUCCAGUUUUGAAUGUUUGUAAGGUAACACACAUGCUUUUGUUAUCUAAAAGUACAACUUCGGAUUUCUGAAAGAAAAUGGCACUGAAUUUAAAGUAAGUGUGCUUUAAAGAUGAGCACAGUCUCCGGCAAUACUGUCUGGCUAAGAAUGGGGAGGGAGCACCAUAUUUUUUCCACUCUAAAGAGGUUUAGUUUCCAAUAGACCUGUCCUACAUAGCAUUUUACUUUUCAAGUGUUUGUUUUAAAUUGUACUAAGUACCAUAAAUGGCCAAUAGAGGCACUUAUCUGUAUUAUCACUUCACUUGUGGAGCAUUAGUUUCCCUGCCUCAAAUAAAUGUGCAUAUUGUAAAAUA